CUUUCACAGAACUACGGCGUGGAGUCCGACAACCUGAAGACUCUGGUGGGGAAGAUGAGAGCGGCUCAUCACAACCUGAGCGGCGCCGUGUCGCAGCGCAGGAAGAACCCCGCCUACCACAACAAAAACUCCCAUCAGCCCACCAACGAGUUCCUGACGGCCGUGGUGGAGCUGAUCGGAGCCGCCAAGAGUCUGUUGGCCUGGCUGGACAGGACUCCUCUGACGAGCCCCAACGACUUCACCUCCACCAAAAGCAGGAUCAUCCAGCUCUGCCUGGAGCUCACCUCCACGGUGCAGAAGGACUGUACUGUUUAUGAGAUGGAGGAAAAGAUUCUGGAAGUGGCUUUACUGUCUCGUCAGUGUGAUGCUGAUGAUAUGAGACCGCUCAGGCCUCAGGCCGCUGCACCGUCCUGUCGGUGACACGGCUCAGUGUCUCUCACUCGGAGGUCAGAGGUCGGACGGCUUCAGUGGGUUCAGACCUCCACGCUGACAAAAACAUAUUCUCAUUAAAAAGAUGAU